GAGUCAAAUUGACAAAACUAAGUUUCAAUAUCUCACAAGAAACAAUUGAAUUUGAAUGAAAAUAUUUUUGUUUAAGUAUUAUAAAUGAUUUAGUAAUUUUCGUUAGUUUAUAUAUAUUUAAAAUCAGCGAGUACACUUUAAAAGUUUUUUUUACAAAGAAUAUGACAGUUACUGCAGACAUGUCUGCAAAAGAGUUUAUUAACGAUUAUAAAGAAAAUUAUGGUAAGGUUCGUAAGCUAUUGGAUGAGGUCAGUAAAAAUGAUCCAGAAAAUGAGCCAUACUUAUCAAAAUACAAGGCCAGAGAUAUCCUAAAUACUAUGCACGACACAUUGAAAAACGUGUCUGAAUCUGAUACUAAUUUGGAUAAAAUAAAACUCGAUGCGAUGUUAGGAGUGGUACUUUUGAACAUCGGAAUUAUAGACAUGGAGACAGAGGAGCUAUCUGCUAGUGAAAAAGUAUUGAUAGACGCGGAAGACCUUUUGAUACCGAAUGCCUUAAAGCCUGAAACCGUAACAACUCUAAUAAAUGUUCAAAAUAACCUCGGCAUCUUGUGGUCUAACAGAGACGAGCCAGAAAAAGCAAAAUCGUAUUUACUGAAAGCGAAAACGCUUUACGAAGAUUUCAAAUGCACUUUACAAAUGCCUUUACCUAUCGAACAGAUAAUAAGCAAUACAGGUGAAACUAUAACUGGCGAUUUCAUGUUUCUAGAAAAAGCUCACACAUUAACAUUAUACUAUUUAGCACAAGUAUACGGAUCAUUGAAAGAAAAUUUAAAGUCUGCAAUAUAUUGUCAUGUUACACUAAGGAGACAGUUGCAGUAUUCUGAUUACGAGCCGAUUGAGUGGUCGUUGAAUUCUGCAACAUUAUCUCAAUUUUUCGCUGAGCAAAACGGUUUUUUCCAAUCAAGACAUCAUCUUGCUGCAGCAUCAGCUAUUCUAGAACAGUAUGAAGCUAAAUUGAUGGAGUCUGAAAGUGCGGAUGACAGUUUUCUGGCAAAAAAAGAAGUUUUUAAGCAUAGAUCGGCUGACGUUGCGAGAUGCUGGGCGAAAUAUUGUCUGUUACUAAUGACAGCAUCUAAAGCAAGGUUAAUGAAUGAUGGAGAGGAGAUCAGUGAUGCAAUUACAGAUAUGUCUAACCUAGAAUUGGAAGACAAUGAAAAUAUUUGUGGUGGUGAUAUUAAAAAAUUAAUAUUCUCUGAUCUAGAUGUUAGUAAAUAUGAAAAGAAAAUCGGAGACCAAUUUCUACUCACUUACCAAGACGCUAGAGAAGUGUUCUUAAGUUGUCAGAGUUGGUUGAAUAAGGCAAAAGAGUAUUAUAAGUUAGAUACAUUAGCUUCAGAUUAUAUAGAGUUAGUGCAAGAUAGCUCUCAGUCAUACUCAUACCUUGCUUUCUUUGAAGAAGAUGACGAAAGAAGGUCCAAAAUGCAUAAAAGAAGGGUUGAUAUGCUCGAAGAUUUAAUAAAAGAAAUAAAUCCAACAUACUACCUUCAAUAUUGUCGCCAACUUUGGUACGAAUUAGGGGAAGUCUAUUCAGAAAUAUUGAAUAUCAAAUUGGAUAAACUAAAUAAGACAAAGGAAAAACCGUCACCACAUCAUUUAAAGAAGAUUAACAUGUUGUGUGAAAAAAGUAUCGAAAAUUACGAUCACUUUUUGAAUUCAGUCAAAGAUAAAAAUGGUAAAAUGCCUUUUAAACUAGAUUUUGAUCUCAUCAGACCUGUUAUCAGUGCUUAUGCUUUUAUUGGUAGGAAUAGUAUGAAAAGAAUUGCCGUUGAUAAAAAUAUACAACUGGUACAUGUCAAGAAGAGCUAUGAUUCGUAUCAAGCAGUUGUUGAUAUUUGUAAGUAUGACAAAGAUGCAGCGAAAAUGAUGAAGGAAGAAUAUAGUUUGUGUCAAGAAAUGGUAAAUAUUUUGCCACUGAAGAUUAAAAAGCUAGAAAAUGAGCUAGUUGGAGGAUAGGCACUUCAUAAAGGCUGUAUAACAUUAGAAUCAAAUGAUCUGUUUUAUUAAAGAAGAUCAUUGUUUUUGAUAUUUUACGAAAAAAAAAACAUGUCAUGUCCUGCACAUAUUAGAAAGGCUUAAACAUUAUUGCAUCAAAUAAAAAAAAAAUCGGGAGCUAAAUUUAUUAACAUCCUUUAAUAUAAAAAUACAAAACCUUAUAGAACCGAGUGUAUUCUGUAGACUUUUUUCAUAGAUAAAAUAUUUAAUUUUAGGUACCUACCUACAUCAUAAAAUUUACCAAAAUGGCUCUCACAUGUAGUUGCUUAAUUUAUACAAUGUUUUUAUUUAUGUUGGAAAUAUGAAUAAAAUCUUACUCGUU